AUGCUUGACAACAUCUCGCUGCUGAACAUGAAGACCCCCUUCGCCAUGAUCGUGGGCCAAUUUGACUUCCACGAUGCAUAUGCUGAACAUGAUCGCUUGCAUCCGUCCAACGGCGGCAUUGGGACCGCUUUCGGGGAGCGGGCCUACGUGGCUCGGAAGGGCGCCGGCCAUCUCGCUUAG